UUCUCAGCCGUAUAGCAAACGAUCUUAAUAUUAAAAAUAUUUUUAAUCAGGCACCUCUUCAUUUGGCAUCUAUGCAUGGUCACGGAGGUGUCGCUGAUGUGCUUCUCAAGAAUGGAGCCAAUGCUGAUAUUGGAGAUGAUUCGAAUACCACAGCUCUUCAUUUUGCUGCAUCCUCAGGUCACAAAAAUUUUGCCGAGGUUCUCCUCAACAAAGGCGCCAAUCUUGACAGUGAGACUAAUCAGAAAGAGACACCUCUUCAUCAUGCUGCUAGAUAUGGUCACAAGAAUGUUGCUGAACUUCUCAUCAAAAAAGGAGCCAAAGUUUAUAUUAGAAAUAAUGCGAAUGAAACACCUCGUCAGUUAGCUGUUAACCAUGGUCACGAUAAUGUCGCCAAACUUUUUAUCGGUAAAGGAAACCGAAUUAAUAUUGAAGAACAAUUGGAAUAGAUUCAAUAUGCUGCCAAC